AUGAGAAAAGUACAGUACGAGUUUCAAGAAGACUUCUUCAUCCCCAUUCCUUUAGAUACCAACAAUAUCACAGCUUUAAGCCCUUUUUUGGUCCCUCAGGAGCACUUGGGACACCAUGCUGUAUAUAUGGCCAUGGCUGCCUUUACGUUCUUUCUUUUCGUUGGGGGGACAGCAAUCAACCUGCUAACCAUUUUAUGCACAGUUCAAUUCAAGAAACUUAGAUCCCAUCUUAACUAUAUUCUUGUGAACCUUGCCAUUGCCAACCUGCUGGUAUCCUUUUUUGGCUCUUCAUUAGCAUGCAUCUCCUUCUGGAACAAGUACUUUGUCUUUGGGUCAACAGGAUGUAAAAUUGAGGGUUUCGCUUCGACACUUGGAGGUAUGGUGAGCUUGUGGUCUCUUUCUGUUGUGGCAUUUGAAAGGUGGCUGGUUAUUUGCAAACCCCUUGGAAACUUUUCCUUCAAGACCACUCAUGCUAUUAUUGGCUGUAUCAUUCCUUGGAUUUUCGGAAAUAUAGCCGCACUCCCUCCACUGUUUGGCUGGAGCCGGUACAUACCUGAAGGCUUCCAAUGCUCUUGUGGUCCUGAUUGGUACACAACCGAAAACAAAUACAACAAUGAAUCCUAUGUCGCAUUUUUGUUCUGCUUCUGCUUCGCGGUUCCUUUCAGCACCAUUGUGUUCUGUUAUGGUCAGCUACUCAUCACACUCAAAUCAGCGGCCAAAGCUCAAGCUGAUUCAGCUUCGACCCAGAAGGCUGAGCGGGAGGUGACAAAGAUGGUGGUGGUGAUGGUGUUUGGCUUCUUGGUUUGCUGGGGACCGUAUGCAAGCUUUGCUGUUUGGACAGUUUACCAUCGGGGUGAACCAUUUGAUCUGAGAUUGGCAACCAUACCAAGCUGCUUAUCAAAAGCCUCUACAGUGUACAAUCCUGUUAUCUAUGUUUUAAUGAACAAACAGUUUCGUGCCUGUAUGAUGAAGAUGGUCUUUGGCAAAAAUAUUGAAGAAGAUGAGUCCUCUACUUCAUCUCAAGUCACCCAGGUCUCCUCUGUUGCACCAGAGAAAUAAACCCAUUCACGUAAAAUGAUUGUAAAUAAUAAACAUAGAGAAGGAAAUAAUAUUUCCUUUAAAUGUCAACAUUUUUAAAUUGUCUUGUUUUACAAGUAUAAGAGUAGACAUUCAUAAUGUAUCCUUAAAAAUAAUGUACAAUAAAUGCAAAGAAAGAAUAAAUUGUGUGGUUAAUUUAAUCAAUUAAAGAGUAGCGAACAUAACUAUUUACAUAAC